GGGGAAGGGAGGGCCUGUUCUCUUGCCUUUACCCUGGAAGUCCAAAUGCUGUGAGGACAGAAGGAGGUAGAAGCCAUAAGAGAACCACAUCUGCUGUCCAAGGCCCCCAACCAAGCAGGCAGAGCCCUCCUCAUGGCUGAGUUCUUGCCCCUGCUGUCUGGGGUGCCCCCGCUGACCCGGGGUGGUUCCCAGGACUCAGUUGUCUCCCCAGCUGAGUGGCAGAGCCAGCAGCCACAGGAUGAUGAGCCCUGGAGGCUCCUGGAAGUGCCCUCCAUUCAGAUAACACCAUCAAGUGAUGGGGAGUCACCUCACUGCACCCCAAGGCCCCAGCACCUACAGCUGCUAAGGACCUCAGACAUGGAUAGUCUGCUCCAGGACAGUACCACCCCCCACUCUGGCCGGAGCACGCCAAGCAGCUCACCAUCUCUCCGUAAGCGGCUGCAGCUCUUGCCCCCAAGCCGACCCCCACCUGAGCCAGAACCAGGCACCAUGGUGGAGAAGGGGUCAGAUAGCUCCUCAGAGAAGGGUGGGGUGCCCGGGACACCCAGCACCCAGAGCCUGGGCAGCCGGAACUUCAUCCGCAACAGCAAGAAGAUGCAGAGCUGGUACAGUAUGCUGAGCCCCACGUACAAACAGCGGAAUGAGGACUUCCGGAAACUGUUCAGCAAACUCCCUGAAGCUGAACGCCUCAUCGUGGAUUACUCCUGUGCCUUGCAGCGUGAGAUCCUCCUCCAGGGCCGCCUCUAUCUCUCCGAGAACUGGAUCUGCUUCUACAGCAACAUCUUCCGCUGGGAGACAACAAUUUCCAUCCAGCUGAAGGAAGUGACGUGCCUGAAGAAGGAAAAGACAGCCAAGCUGAUCCCCAACGCCAUCCAGAUCUGCACAGAGAGUGAGAAGCAUUUCUUCACCUCCUUUGGAGCCCGGGACCGCUGCUUCCUGCUCCUAUUCCGCCUCUGGCAGAACGCGCUGCUUGAAAAGACGCUGAGUCCCCGAGAGCUCUGGCACCUGGUGCAUCAGUGCUACGGCUCAGAGCUGGGUCUCACCAGUGAGGAUGAGGACUAUGUCUGCCCCUUGCAGCUGAACGGCCUGGGGAGCCCCAAGGAAGUGGGAGAUGUGAUUGCCCUGAGUGAUAUCACCCCCUCAGGGGCAGCUGACCACAGCCAGGAGCCAAGCCCAGUGGGUUCACGCCGUGGCCGCAUCACCCCCAACCUUUCCCGAGCCAGCAGCGAUGCAGACCAUGGGGCAGAGGAGGACAAGGAGGAGCAGAUAGACAGACAGCCAGACGCCUCUUCUAGCCAGACGGUGACUCCAGCGGCUGAACCGCUGAGCACAGAGCCCACUCCACCUGAAGGACCUGUUUCCCUGGGCCCCUUGGAUCUGCUGCCCAGCGAGGAGCUGUUGACAGACACGAGUCACUCCUCCUCGUCCACAGGGGAAGAAGGUGAAGCAGCGGACCUGGCUGCCCUGCAUCCUGACCUCUCUGGCCGUCUCCUCAUCAAUUCUGUCUUCCAUGUGGGCGCCGAACGGCUCCAGCAGAUGCUCUUCUCAGACUCACCUUUCCUGCAGGGCUUCCUGGAGCAGUGCAAGUUCACAGACGUGACCUUGAGCCCCUGGAGUGGGGACAGCAAGUGCCAUCAGCGCCGAGUGUUGACCUACACCAUUCCCAUCAGCAACCCGCUGGGUCCCAAGAGUGCCUCAGUGGUGGAGACUCAGACACUGUUCCGGCGCGGCCCACAGGCAGGCGGCUGUGUGGUGGACUCAGAGGUGCUGACGCAGGGCAUCCCUUACCAGGACUACUUCUACACUGCCCACCGUUACUGCAUUCUGGGCCUUGCCCGGAACAAGGCUCGUCUUCGAGUGUCCUCUGAGAUCCGCUACCGGAAGCAGCCCUGGAGCCUUGUGAAGUCUCUGAUUGAGAAGAACUCGUGGAAUGGCAUUGAGGAUUAUUUCCACCACCUGGAGCGAGAGCUUGCCAAGGCCGAGAAGCUGUCCCUAGAGGAAGGCGGGAAGGACGCCCGGGGAUUGCUGUCAGGCCUGCGGAGGCGGAAGCGGCCCUUGAGCUGGAGGGGUCAUGGUGAUGGGCCCCAGCACCCAGACCCCGACCCCUGUGCCCGGGCUGGCAUGCACACCUCGGGCUCCCUUAGCUCCCGUUUCUCAGAACCGACCACGGACCAGGGCCCCGGGACAGGCAUCCCCAGUGCCCUGGUGCUCAUCAGCAUUGUGAUCUGUGCGAGCCUCAUCAUCCUCAUCGCCCUCAAUGUUCUCCUCUUUUACCGCCUGUGGUCCCUGGAGAGGACGGCCCACACCUUUGAGUCCUGGCACAGUCUGGCCCUGGCCAAGGACAAGUUCCCCCAGACGGCUGCAGAAUGGGCGGAGGUCCUGGCCCUGCAGAAGCAGUUCCACAGCGUUGAGGUGCACAAGUGGAGGCAGAUCCUGCGGGCCUCGGUGGAGCUUCUGGAUGAGAUGAAGUUUUCACUGGAGAAGCUGCAUCAAGGCAUCACCGUCUCAGACCCUCCCUUCGACUCCCAGCCACAGCCUGAUGAUAGCUUCUCCUGAGGACGUCUGGCCACACAGUUGUCCCCGAAAAUGGUCAGAUGGACACAAUCUCGGUGACCACUGCUGGCACAGUGUGAGCACCGGGAACCUCCUGCCCACCCAUCCCGGUGGCCUGGCCAGGGGCCAUGCAAACACGGGGACCACAGAAACGAGAUGCACUUUAGACCAGCGUGUAUGAGUGCACCUGCCGUCGCCUGCCCAGCCAGGGCGCUGGCCUGGCCUUCGGCAGGCUCCCUGCUAACUUAUUUUGUCCAGCUGGGGUUGUGGAGAGCACCUCCUGGGGUGCCAGAUUCCCUCAGCUCUGGGUUUAAUAUAUUGUAUUUAUUUGGGCUGACAGAGCCCCAAUAAAGAGUUGGAAAUGGC